AAUGCCUGUCUUGCGUGACAGACGACGGAUGGCUCAGAGCGACGUUGCUGAACCGAUUUCUGCUUCCACCGCCUGAUCGUAUGACCAUGAGAGAGUAGGAUCUUUUGAGCCGAGCCAUCAUUCGCCGUCAAGAUGAGCGUCGGUUCUGCAGGUGCCGCCGAUCUGUUUUCCUACCUGGAAUCAAAUAAACUUGGGGAGGUCGAGGAGAUUAAGAAAGUACUCCAUGACCAUUUCUUAAGCACAAAGGACAAUUGGCUGGUAAUUGGAUUGUUUGAUUAUUAUCUUUCUACGAACUCUUUGAGAACAGCGGAAGUACUAGCAGGUGUACGAGAGCCACAUGAUAGACACUUAUUAGAUCGUUUAUCAGAUAUUCUUUCAAAAUCUGGCAAUAGUACACAAAGAGUACAGGCACUCACAUUACUUGGGCAUAUAGCCAGACGCCAGCCUACUUGGUUGUACAAGCUAGCCAGUCAUGCUUUGUUCAGAGAUCUACUCAAAUUACUUAAGGUGGAAGCAGAUAUAUUACCACUUAUGAGUGCCCUUCUUCUGUUAGUAAUGUUGUUACCAAUGUUACCUGCUGCUCUAGGGCCAUAUCUACCAGAAAUAUUUGAGGUAUUUGGCCGUUUGGCCUCUUAUUAUCAUCAUCAUCAUCAUCAAUCCUCCUUACUUUCUUCUUCUACUCCUUUUAAUUCGACCACAGCACCAAAUGUUAUCGACAAGGACCAUUUGUACCUCAUACAUUUGCAGGUAGGAUUAUACAGCUUAUUUCAUAGACUGUACGCGAUGUAUCCUUGCAAUUUUAUAUCAUACCUGAAGCAACAGUAUGUUCAACGUGAUCAAUUGGCUACAUUUACUCAUACUAUUAGACCCAUGUUGGAUUCUGUGCGUAUGCAUCCUUCUCUUGUCACAGCAUCCAAGGAUGCAGAAAUUUCAACCAAUAGGUGGAAAAAGAUGGAACAUCACGAUAUUGUGAUAGAAUGCGACCGUUUUACAUUAGACAAAUGUCGGGAAGAAAUUUUAGGAGUAGUUAACUCUCGGUGCACUCCACCUCUAGAUCAAUCUUCCAUCACUUGCGCGCCGAUAAACAUUUGUGGUGGAGUAAUGACUAUGGAAAUUAGUAAUGGGGAAGAUGAUACAUUCUGGUCACCGAGUAUGACGGUGUCACCGCAUAGCCCGCCGCAAAAUACAUCUCACGAGCCCCGUUCCGCCCCGCCGACGCCUAAUAACAAUAGAAGUGGUACUUCCCCACCUGAAGCUGCUAUUGAAGCUACCCCUGAAACAACUCCUGUUAAGGAUUUACGAAAAUUAUCAACGAGACAAGCGCCUAUAGGAUCUAGUGCGGUGCGUGCUCUAAACGCGCUGGGCAAUGGCACAUCUUCUCGGCCAUCAACACCAACUCUUAUAAAUUCCUCUUCUGUUUCCGUGAAAGGUGCAGACAUUGCAUCAAACACACAUGGAUUUCUAUCGAAUAGAUUAGGUAAAAUUAUGACAGACAGACAAAAUGUUCUUCAGUCGCAAAAAUCAGUGAAUAGUAGCGAAGAAAAUGGAAGGCUCUUAGAAAUGGCUAUAAGUCAAAACGGGAAAAAUGAUUCUUGGCAAGAGGAUCAAGAGGUAUUGGAGAUUGUCAGUUCGCAUGGAAAUGGAGCAGUUGAGAUGCCAAAAUAUGUUGAAGCGCAAUCCGAAACACGAAACGAAAGGAACAUGGUCGGCACAUUGUCCGAUUUAUCGCAAAAGAUUUAUAAACUUCGACUGUAUUCUCAAUGCCAUUUUCCAAUAGAAGACUCAAAUUCAAACAUAACGCACAAAGUAAAGUGUCAAAGAAUUCAAAGAUUAUUACAUAAUAUUUACAGUAACAAAGAAAAGAAUAUUUGUUUGCAGAUUCGACACUCUAGAUCUUGUCCGGACAUGGAUACGCAAAAGAAAUGUUAUAGCGAAGACGUGACGGAUCAAGUAUCAAUGGGAGUGAAGGAUACUGGCAGUCAAACGUGUGACUUAUUUCCAUACGAGCACCUGCUGCUAGGAAUGUUGGAUCAGAACAGCCAAAACUUUAGUCAAGAAAGUUCUGAUUCAAGAAUGUCACCAAUCAACAUGCUCGAUCGGUACAUCGAGGCAUGCACAAGAACGAAUAGCUUCUCUAGUAAAACAAAGCCAAAUGGUAGCAAGCAGAAACAGAAAAAGAAAGGAGAGGAAGAUGCGGAAGAAGACGGAGGAGAAGAUGAUGGUAUAGAUCCAACUUGCGCUAAUCAGUCACUUCAACUUAUGCAAAUGCAACUGCAAUUCGAGCGGCAGCGACGGGAAGUUCAUGCUGAGCGUAACCGACGUCUGCUUGGUAAACUGAGAGAUUUGCGAGCUUCGGAAGAACAUAAUCUUGCUUUGACUGAACGUUUAAAAAUGAUCGAAAGAGAAGUGGAAGAAUUAAAAGCGCAAUUGGACCAUAAUAAAAGGGAAGCACAUCAAGCUGAGGAACAAUACAAAGAAACUGUACAUCAUUGGCAAACUAAGUGCGUUGAAGAGCAACGGCAAAGCCACGCGUUCAAAGAUCGUCUGGAGAAUUUAGAAUUGGAAUUAAAAAGUGAACAAAAGAAGACGACUGAAACGCAGCAACAACUUCGUUCUGUCGAAGCAGAACUUUUCAACGCAGGACAUCAGCUUAAGGCGGCGUUAAAGGCUGCGGAUCGUGGCAAAGAACUGGAAAGCAUUGUGGAAACUAUGCAGAAAAAAUUUGUGCUUUUAGGAGAGGCGCAAUUAAGAUUAGAAGAAAACACAGGUACUUUCUCACCAACAAUCAAGCAAGAAACGGCGCAGAUUCAGAAAUCGUGUACAGAAGAGUUAAAUAAUACUCGGCGACAGUUGGAAUCACGAUCGUCACAUUUGGAAGCCCUGAAAGCACGUUUGAGCGAGUUAGAAAAUAAGGAAGCGCGUAAAGAAACACAGCUGGUGAAUCUACAACGGCUCCUGCAAGAGACGAAAGAGCAACACUCAUCCGAAUUAGAGGCUGUCGAAUCCAAAUAUCGGGCGCAAGUGGAGAUAAAUCUUCUCUUGGAGGGCCGUAUACUCGAGCUUCAUGGUAAACUGGAAACUGCGACAUACUCCAACACUUCACCCAUGGGUAAUCCCGCUUCCUCGGCAUCACCUAAGGAACGAUCUCCUCCUCUCUCGACCAGCUUAGCUUCGUCCAGCGAGGGCAGCCUCGCAUUUAUUCAUCCGGGCGCCGGGAUCAUAAUGAAUGAUUGUUGCGAUACCGCGACGGGUGAGAUUCCCAAUUUGCAAGCUAUGAUAGAACCUAUACCGAGUAGCAGUCAAACCGCCUCACCGUCACGCUCCGUCACUCAACGAUCAUCGACGCCGAAACAAGAUUAACGCCACGGAAAUGUUUACUGCGAUGUGAGUCUCCCGUAUACCGCCGACAGACGAUAUACUGGAUUAUUAUCGAAGAUUAUACAUACGAAUGCUCCGCGAUCAUUACUUAGUGUCGCAGUACGAAUGGAAAGAAAGUUAUUUGUAGCUUUUUAUUGAUAGAGUAGACGAGAUUCGUAAGGAAGUUGUGCUAAUCGACUGAUUGCGAUCGAACAGGCAUGCUAUGUUUGUUAGUGUUGGUAUAUCUCCGCUCUUGGAAAAAAUGGAUUCACAGUGAAUAAAUGGUUGAGAUAUUUUGCUGACCAA